AUGAGUGAAUAUGUAUCUUCUAUGAUUAAAUACGCUCAUAGCGGUGAUAGUUUUACUAUUUUGGUAAAGAAUACCUUGAAACAAAUCAACGAAAAGCAGUUUUCUCUUGCUUACAUUGACUGCCCUCGUUUUCGGAAAGAAGGUGACGAGCCCUUUGCUUUUGAGGCUCAAGAACAUGCACGACGUCUUGUUGUAGGACGCCCUGCUUCAACAUGUACGUUCAAUGUUGCUCCCACUACCAAGCGUGAAUACGGUUGCAUCCGUACUGAUGAUUUGGAUCUGACUGAAUCUUUAUUACGCGCUGGUCUAGCCAAGCUUCGUCCUGAAGCAGUUCGUAGAGAAUCCGCUCAUGAAAACCCCUAUUUCAAAGGUUUAGAGGAAGCUCAAAGCGCUGCUCAAGAAAGCAAACUUGGUGUAUGGAGUAAUCUAGAAGAUGCUGUUCAAACAGAAAAGGCCGUCCCCGCUGAUAUUCCAAAAUUCAUGAAACGAAACCAAAAGAAGAAAUUGAAAGGUGUUAUUGAAAAUAUCCGUGAUGGCGAUCAAUUGCGGGUGCGCCUUCUCUUGAAGCCCAGACGCCAUCAGUACAUUAAUGUUUCACUUGCUGGUGUCCGUUGUCCUCGGGCUACUCAUACCUAUGGUGACCAACCACCUACCGAAGAAGAGCCUUUUGGCAAUGCUGCAAGACAAUUUGUCGAAACAAGACUUUUACAAAGAAACGUGGUUAUUGAAUUGUUGGGUGUGACACCAAACAACACUGGCUUCAUCGCGAACGUACUCCAUCCCGCAGGAAACAUUGCACACGUGCUGCUUUCUGGUGGUCUUGGCCGUGUCGCCGACCUUCAUAGCAUCAAUCUUGGUCCAGAAGCCAUGCAGAAUUUGCGUGCUAUUGAACGUAAAGCGAAGACGAGCAAUUUAGGGAUUUGGAAGAAUGUUAAGUUACCCAAUGUUGGCUCACUUUCUCUCCGCGACUAUUCAGGCACCGUUUCUCGUGUGAUAUCCACCGAUACUCUUGAAGUACGUCGCGAUGAUGGUUCAGAUGCUAGACUCCAACUCAGCAGUAUACGCCAUCCCAGACCCUCCAACGAGAAAGAAGCUCCUUAUCAAUUUGAUGCCCGUGAAUUCUUCCGUAAGAAAACUGUCGGCAAGCGAGUUAAUGUUUCUCUUGAUUUUGUUCGUCCUGCCCAAAACGGAUUACCCGAGAUUAAUGCUUGCACUGUUACUUUGAGUGAUGGAACAAACCUUGCUAUGCUGGCCGUUGAAAAUGGUUAUGCUUCCGUUUUGAGACACAGAGCUGAUGAUGUUGAUCGUUCUCCAUUUUAUGAUCAUCUGAUUCAAGCCGAAAAAAGUGCUCAAGAAGCUAAGAAAGGCAUGUGGUCUGGAAAGAAGCCUCGAUACGACGCAAUCGUUAACGCUUCAGAAACUCCUUUAAAAUCUCGCCAGUACCUUUCAUCCCUUCAAAGAAACAGAAAGCUUCCUGUAGUUAUCGAUAACGUUAUUAGUGGUUCGCGCUUCCGCUGUUUCUGUCCAAAGGAAAACUGUUUCUUUAUGUUUGCUUGUGCUGGAAUUCGUACCCCUCGAACUGCUCGUAAUGCCCAAGACAAGGAAGAGCCUUUUGCAACUGAAUCUUUCAACCUUGCUAAAUCAUUAUUACAACAGGAGGUCGAAGUUGAAGUUCUUUCGGUCGACAAUAACUCUUGUUUCUUGGGUGAUUUGAUUGUCAAUCGAACCUCUAAUUUUGCUUUAAAUUUAUUGACCGAUGGCUUGGCCUGGUGUCAAGGUUAUUCUAACCAAUCAAACGUUCAAUAUAACCAAUACCAUGAUGCUGAAUUCUCUUCAAAGGAAAAGAAAAUUGGUAUGUGGCAUAAUUAUGCACCUGAAGUAGCCCAGAAAAAGACCGAGGUACCUUCUAAUCCUGCUACUCCUGAACCAAUGUAUUUGGAUGUUGCACUUAGUGAUAUUGCUGAUGAUGGAAAGUUUUCAUUCCAAGUUGCUGGCCCCAACAUUCAAGAGUUAGAAAACUUGAUGUCCGAGCUCUCCGAUCAUAAAAAAACCGCUCGAUCAUUGGAUCACUAUAAUGUAGGAAUGAACGUUGCUGCUAUUUCUACUCUUGAUAAUGCAAUCUAUCGUGGAAAAAUUUUGCGUUGUAACAGAGAAAAUCUGAAUGCUGACGUUUUGUUGUACGACUACGGCAGUGUCGAACAAAUUCCUUUCAAAAAUUUGCUUGCGCUUCCUGAAAAAUUCUCAAAGUUGAAGCCCCAAGCUCAACUUUCCCGUCUUACAUUUGUCCAGCUUCCCCCUUCUAACUCUGAUUAUUACGAAGAUGCCAGGCUCGUUUUUAGUGAGCUUGCUAUGAACAAAGGCCUCGUUGCUAAGAUCGAUGGAAAGACAGACAAUGUUGCUUCUGUAACUCUUUACAACCCCAGUGAUGGCGCUGAUUUUUCGGACUGUAUCAACACCCAGUUGGUUGCCCUUGGUAUGGCUAGUGUUACGCCUAAAAGAAAACUAGCACCAUUUGAGAAAGAUACUGCUAGCCUGAACAUUUUGCAAGAUUGCCAGCAACAAGCACGCCUUAAUCAUAUUGGCAUGUGGGUAUAUGGUGACCCUCUCGAAUACGAGGAAUAA